AUGGAAACUUCAACUCCUGGUUUAGGUGAACUUUUAGAUGAAAUAAGGAAACAUAAAGUUGCAAGUGGAGGUGUAGAUUCUAAAACAAAAUUGAAAAAGUAUCUUGCAGAAGAUCCUGAAAAUGAAAGACCGGACUUUGAUAUCUUGGCUUGGUGGAAGGUGAACUCACCUAGAUUUCCUAUUCUUGCUAAGAUGGCUCGAGAUGUGCUUGCUAUUCCUAUUUCAAGUGUGGCAUCUGAAAGUGCAUUUAGUACCGGAGGGCGUAUUCUUGACCAAUUUAGGGGUUCAUUAACUCCUAAAUUGGUUGAAACUCUAGUGUGCCUUCAAGAUUGGCUUCGGAGUGAAUCGCUUCCUGUAAAUGUUGAGGAAGAUUUAGAUUUUCUCGAGACACUCGAGGAAGAUUUUACUCAUCUUGGCAAAGAAGCUUCCACCAACGAUGUUUGCUAGAGUUUGUUAGCUGCUAUGUA